ACGGAACGGGAGGGAGGAGGGUGGGCGGGGGGGCGGGGGGAAGGGAUUCCGAUCGAUAGCGUGCGCAGGAUUGCACGGAGAGUGACGCUGUGAUCCAGUUUCGGGAGGUGCGAUCUUUGUGUAUCGCCUUGUGGCGGACGCGGACGCAGACGCAGGCGGGCAGACGGGCGGGCGGGUGGCGGGUUUCGCUAACGACUGAUUAGGGUAGCUUUGUGGAUUCCUUGCGUAGGGUUUCUUAAGCACGGGGUGAAGACACAUCCCAGGACGCUGUGGUGCGAGAAUCGAGCAUAGGUUCGUGAGUUAGGACUGAUAGUUGGUGGGGCAGAGCGGGCGUCGAUUACGCAAGUUGAAUAUAUUGUCCCUGCUCCCUGCGGAUUCAGACACUGCCCUAUCACGCAAGAAAUAUACAAUGUCUGAGCGCCCUGAGGAUUCAGUCCUUCAUGCCGCGCCGAGGGUUAAUAGGUUAUCCGACUCUAUAUACGAACUUUACAACCCAGGAGCUUCAUCACGGCUGAACGUUGUAUUCUUUCAUGGCCUACAAUUGUCAGACAACUCUGAUUCUCACUUAUCCACUUGGACGUCACGCGGUUCUCAGCAGGAAGUAUGGCCGAUGACCUGGCUCCCAGAAGAGUUUCCAGAAGCUCGUAUUCUCUGUGUCAAUUACGAUUCCUGUAUCAGGAGAUCAGCAGAGCAUGGAAGAUUAGAUCUCCACAAUGCAGCCGAAAUGUUGAUGGUAAAUCUUAAGCUUGCAAGGGUGUUCCAGCAUCCAACUAUACUUAUCGGUCACAGUUACGGAGGCUUGGUGAUAAAACAAUUGUGCCUCGAAGCUCACACGUGGCGACACAUUGGGGACGAUGGAGAAGAUGCUUGGGUUCUCGAAUCCACGCGGCCAUACAUGGGGGAGGAAGGAGAAGAUGCUUCGGUUCUCAACUGCAUCAAAGGAGUUUUCUUCUAUGGAACGCCCCAUCACGGAUCGUCAGUUUUCUCGACUAUAAUUGACUUGAAAGAUGCUAGCCUUCUACUGGACUUUGUUCAUGUGCUUUGUGCAGUCUCAGCUCGCCUUCAUCAAAUCUUUGAUUCCUUACGUUGGACCCACAAGUGGAGAAUUGCUGGAGUCGGAGAAUUGAAACCUACUUUGACGCCAACUUUGACGCCAGUGAGUGAGUGUGGCUGAUUUGCGUUCACAGUAUGACAUGUUUGUUUUUUAUUUCA